AUGGUCUCUCGAUACAGUGCUCAGGACAUCUUAAGAUGUGGCCUUUGUGAGACUAAUGUGGUACAAAGUCAUUGCCAGCCUUGUCAUUUCAACCUGUGUAAGGUCUGUGUAGGAGAGCAUCUGUCUGAUUCAGCCAAGAAACAUAGAGUCGUACCGUAUACAGAAAGAUUUUCAACUCCUAAAAUUCCAAAAUGUCCAAAGCAUUCCAAGAACUGUGAACUUUACUGUGAGCAAUGUGACAUUCCUGUCUGUUCUACCUGCAUCUCAUCAGGUAAACAUAUAGGACAUUAUUUAUCAGAUGUUUUACAGAGCGUUGGCUCCAAAACAGAAGAUAUCGAAAAAGAAUUAAAAGAACUCGAGACUAAAAUACAUCCACAAUAUGAAGAAAUUACCUCUCGCAUAAAAACCAAGAAAGAAGAUUUAGAAAUUCACUACAGUAAUUUGGCAACAGCUGUCACCAAACAAGGAGAAGACUGGCACAGAGAAAUUAACAUCAUUGUCAACAAACAAAAAUCUGAUAUUGAUGAGAUGAAAACUAAACACUUGGCUGCUUUGAAUAAACAGGAAAAUGAAGUCAAACACAUUACUGCAGAAGUCAAUCAGUGCAUAAUUGAUUUAAAGAAAAUUCUGGAAUCCAAUGACAUUUCCUUAGCUUAUGGAUACAAAUCCAGAAAUGCAGAGUUGAGAUGUUUACCACCAGACCUCAAUGUAACAUUACCAAGCUUCUCUCCUUAUCCGAUCAACACAGAGCAGCUCCAUAAAAUAUUCGGUUCUCUGUCAGCAUUAUCCAUUACAACAGAAGAACAUGGUUACACAAUGGAGGCACCAGAAGCUGUAUCCUGUACUCCAGCCAAACCUCUACUUGAUGAACCAGAGCUCAUCACCACCAUAGACACUGGGUAUAAACCACUACGCAGUUCUGCCCUUCUCAGAGAUGAAGAAAUCUGGACAUGUGGAGAUGACAAACUUAUAAAGCUCUACAACCUCAAGGGUAAAUUACUGAAGUCAAUUAAAACCAAGUCUGGGAAGAAACCACAUGACAUAACAGUGACAAGGAGUGGAGAUCUAUUUUUUGUUGACAAAAAUGCAAGAACUGUAAACAUAGUGAAGAAUAAACAGAUAAAUGAAGUGUUCAGACUACAGGGAUGGGUACCUAACUCUAUCUGUAGUAGCUCCUCUGGUGACCUCCUGGUUACCAUGUACAGUGAUGAAGAACAAUCAAAAGUUGUCCGUUACUAUGGCUCUACAGAGAAACAAACCAUUCAGUUUGAUAGCGAAGGCAAGCCACUGUAUUCAUCUGGUAAAUACAUCAGUGAGAACAGAAACCUGGAUAUCUGCGUGGCUGACAAUGGAGCCAGUGCAGUAGUGGUGGGAUUAUUUGCUCCGUACGGAAUCACAACAGACAGCCAGAGUCAGAUCCUGAUAGCAGACUAUUACAACUACUGUAUCCACAUCCUAGAUCAGGAUGGACAGUUUCUCCGUUACAUUGAUAACUGUGAUCUACAGAAUCCAUGGAGUUUAUGUGUCGACACCAGUGAUAACCUCUUUGUGGCUGAGAGCAUCAGUGGUAAAGUGAAGAAAAUUAGAUACAUGUAA